GCGAGAGAGCAGAGGAGCGCGAGUGCAGCAGCUGAGUGAGCAAACAUUAGGCAGAAACAUUAGGUUAUCUUUCGAGACUAUCAGACAUCGACCUGUCACUUUUACCGCUUCGAGCACUGUCCCGUCUACCAGCAGAGAGGACCCCGGCAGCAGCAGCAGCACACGGGUCUGGUCUGGUCUGCUCGGGCAGCCGCCUGUGAAAAAACUCUCAAACGCGGUCGUCUCAGCUGGCAUGAGCUAACCUACCAGACAGACAUGGAAACCAAACCGUUCUUGUCAUUGGGGUUCCUGAAGCCCCAGUGCUCAUUGGCCCCUCCAAUGCAGCGAGGUCGCUCAGGAGAAGGUUGUUCCUGUCUGACUGGCAUGUGUCCCCUCCAUCAGCGUCGCCUAUCCUCAGACUCAUCGGGUCAGGUGACCUCACCCCUGGGCUCACCCACAUCCCACCGAGGAAUGCACCCAUCACUGCUCAGCCCGACGUCCAUGGGGCCCUCUGGUUCCCUUCACUCUCCCAUCAGCACAUUGAGUUCCCCUAUGAACGGCCUGGCCUCACCCUUUUCCGUCAUUAGCUCGCCCAUGGGCCCCCACUCCAUGAACUCACCCGGCAUGGGUUACGGCCCCAGCGUCAGCCCCCAGAUGUUCCAGUUAAACUCUCCGAUGAACUCGGUCAGCAGCACGGAGGACAUCAAGCCCCCGCUGGGACUCAACGGCGUCAUGAAGGUGCCCGCCCAGCCCUCGGGAACGGCUCUGUCGCUCACCAAACACAUCUGCGCCAUCUGUGGUGAUCGCUCCUCAGGUAAACAUUACGGGGUAUACAGCUGCGAGGGCUGCAAAGGUUUCUUCAAGAGAACAGUGCGAAAGGACCUGACUUACACAUGUCGUGACAACAAGGACUGUGUCAUUGACAAACGCCAGAGGAACCGCUGUCAGUACUGCCGCUACCAGAAGUGUUUAGCCAUGGGAAUGAAGAGAGAAGUUUUGUUACAUGCAGCCGUUCAGGAGGAGCGCCAGCGAGCCAAGGACAGAAAUGAGAAUGAGGUGGAGUCCACCAGCUGCGCCAACGAGGACAUGCCCGUGGAGAAGAUUCUGGAAGCUGAGCAGGCCGUGGAACCUAAAACCGAAACCUACAUUGAGACUAACCUCGGUGUGCCAUCCAACUCGCCCAACGAUCCAGUAACAAAUAUCUGUCAGGCGGCCGACAAACAGCUCUUCACCCUGGUGGAGUGGGCCAAGAGGAUCCCUCACUUCUCUGAGCUGCCUCUGGAUGACCAGGUCAUUCUCCUGCGAGCAGGUUGGAAUGAACUCCUCAUUGCAUCAUUUUCUCACCGUUCGAUAGCGAUCAAAGACGGGAUUCUGUUGGCGACUGGGCUGCAUGUGCACCGUAACAGCGCCCAUAGUGCCGGAGUGGGAGCCAUCUUUGACAGAGUGCUCACAGAACUAGUGUCAAAGAUGAGGGACAUGCAGAUGGAUAAGACAGAACUGGGGUGCCUUCGAGCUAUAGUUCUUUUCAACCCAGACUCUAAAGGCCUGUCCAACCCUAGCGAGGUAGAAGCUCUGAGAGAGAAAGUGUACGCGUCUUUAGAGGCCUACUGCAAACAGAAAUACCCUGAGCAGCCUGGCAGAUUUGCCAAGCUGCUGCUGCGGUUACCAGCGCUGCGCUCCAUCGGCCUCAAGUGUCUGGAGCACUUGUUCUUCUUCAAGCUCAUCGGAGACACGCCCAUCGACACCUUCCUCAUGGAGAUGCUCGAAGCCCCACAUCAAAUGACAUAAUAGCAGAGAGGGCUGAGCUCUCCUCCCCUUUCCCUCGUCCCCCACAUCUCUCACCAACCCUGGAUUGGGAGCAGGGUCCUUGUUUUUUUAAAUCCCAUCUCCAGCAAGGGACAGAUCACGUGGUGACUUUUAAUGGAGAACCUCUCUCUUCCUCCCAUCCUCCCUUGAUCCCCAUUUUUCUCAGCUCCCCCUUUGAUGUGUUUCAAAACAAUGAAUUCAUCAUGUCUAUGGGUCUGUUUUAUACCUUGUAAAAAUAUAUAAAUAAGAAAUAUAUAUAUAUGAAAAUCACCGCAACACGAGUGACAGCAGCGGACUAAAAGAAGGUUGGACAGAGGACAAAAGAAACGUAUUGAGCCAUCGUUUUCAUCCUUGCUUUUCCUACACCUUGUCAAAAAAGCUGAGAUGAUCAGGUUUUAACACCCACAGUUUUGCUUGCAGGUAUAAUAAAAAACAGCGGUGAUGUCAUUCUGGAUACUCAGCGUUGUGAUCGGGACAAUCGUGGACUGGGAGAGCCUCAGGCUGUCUAGACUUGGACCUGGGCCCUCUCUCUUUUUCAGGACUGAACUUCUUUUGGGGAGGGAUGUCGGGGACAAUAUGUCUGCUCGAAAAGGAACUCGUCUGUUCCUGCCUGACUCAGCUGAAUAUGUCAGGUCUUGCACUAGCUGUUUUUUGAAGUGUGGAGCAGAACUCAGAGGUGGGUUAACAAGACUGCAAGUGCUCAAAAACCUCAGGUCUCUGCCCAAUUCCAACAAAUACAACCAUGUCUUACUCUAUUAGCACUGUGCAAACGUCCGCAGGGAUGACGUGUUGUUCACUAAUCAGCCCGUCAGUUACUGUUAACUGAUUGAACAAGAGUUGGGAGAGCUUGUUAUGUACAAUCUGUGCAGAACUUCUGCACACAGGCUGUUGUAAAUUAGCCAUACAUUAGCUCAAUGCUAAAUGAUGCUCUGAAAGGCUACCAGCAUGGGCAGGAAUUGUUUGUAUCCUGUUUUAAACAGCUGAUCUCUGUUGCAACCUCACUGGUGAUCACAACAAUCUUGAUAGGCUGGAAAGUGUGCACAGCCUCAGCUGUGGGGAUGUACUGUUGUUUUUCUGGCCAUCUGAGCUCCGUUUGGUCCCCUUUCAAACAUCUCCACUUCUCAUUUCAUGUGAAUUUCAGUACACCAUUUACACCUCCACUUUCAGAAAUCCCUCUGCUCAACGCAGCAGGUGUAAGCUUUCAGAUCACCUCAUAUCUUCAUGUACAGAAAGUUACAACCAUAAACAGUAUUGAUGUUCUCAUCAGUUUUAUUUUUAACAACAGUGAUGCACUAUUACCUCUGUUAUCAUGCCUCUGACCUUCAGUUGUUGACACUCUUCUAACCAUUUUCAGUACGCCCGAUAGUGCUUGUCGUUGCAGCAGAGCCAUUAUUUGUUUAUUUGUUUGUUACUUGGCACUUAACCUCAUGACAGUGAAGUCGGGUUCCUAAUCAGAGAGCUGAUGUUGAUGUAAUCGAACUCUGAGGUAGAAUUUGGCGCGGGCCCAAUCAGGAAUGCCUAAAUAGUUUUUCUCCUCAGAGGGACACACAAUCGCUCUCUCUGCACUUCUCUGGACAACCGAGUGUCAUUCACAUCAAACUGAAAUCUUAGAUAUCUUCAUGUUGUGUAUAAUUAUGCUUUAUUCUCAUACUCUGCUUUUUUUUCUUCUCCUUUUCUCUAAAUGCUGCAGCUGCUGCAAAACUAUGCAUUGAGUGCAUUUCCAAAGAUUGUCUACGGAGUGGGUGCAUGAUAGUCUGGCUCAAACAGGUCUGAUAUCUUUUAAAACACGUAUGUAAGGUGUUGGUUUGUGGUCUUUUUGUUUGGACUGGAGUAAAUAUCCAAAAUAGGUUAUUUUUACAUAAUUCAGAUAUUUCAUAGUCAUUCUGUAAUGGUUUAUUCACUCUGGACUGAUGCACAGAAAACAGCUGAGCACAGCACAUUUUAAGGCCAUGCUAAAUCACAUCUGUUACUAAGAUUAAUGUGAGAAAACUUAAUCAACUAGCACUAUUAAAGUCUAAAAGAAACAGUGAAAGAACACUUUUUAAUCAGCAUUUAUAGA